AUGAUGAAGAUCGGCGUUCCGAAUAAUCAACUCAUGGCCCGCAGAUUUCUCCGAUGGGAGCAGGGAACAUUCAGGGACUUUGUGAGUGACUUCUUCAAGGAGUCACUCAAACUCAGUUACGAACGAAUCAGACUGCCGAAGAUGCACAAUGCUUGGAGCAUCAACAAAAUCGGAGGGAUCAAUAUCAGCUUUACUGACAACCUUACUGACCAUCUGCUGUUGACUGAUGAUGAUUCAACGCUGUUGAUAUUUCAUCAUGCCUCGUUCCUAGAGUGCCACCUACAGCCAUUCUCGGCACCACUAUACCCGGCAGACCUCGUGCAUGAAACACUGUCCACCAUUGCGCUCCUUUUCCCACAGUCCGAGUUCACGUUAACCACGCGGAGGGGCCGGUUCAGCCGGAACUCGUCGUGGCUGCGGAAGCUUCGCCUUGCCCACGAGCAGUCAGGACAACACCCAACUGGAAUCGACCCUCGCCUCUCUAUUUGUGGCACCCUCCAAGCCAACGACCGUCAGAUCGAACGGUUCCACUUCUGGAGAGACAGCUGGUGA